GUCCUGGGAGUUCACCGUGAAGGUUAGGCAGGCUCCUGUUCCUCGACGAAGAGCAUCAGUCUCCAGUUUCGUCCGUCGGUCAAGGAUUUAAUCGGCAUAUUAGAAAAUGACAACAAGAAGGCAUUUCGGAUGGCGAAGGCUGAUUCUAAUAUUCGCAGUUUUCCCCUGCUGUUGGAGCGUGCAAGUGUCUAUCCAAGAAAAGGAAUACAAGGUGACGAAAGGAGAGGAUGUGACGCUCACAUGUUCCUUCGUCCCUGCUAGGCCUAUUCAGAACAACUUCAUACUUGCAUGGGAUGUUGUUGGUGCUCCAUCGAAAGCUGUGGCCUCCUUCUUUUUGAACAGUCCUGUUGACAUUGCUCCGUCUUAUGAAGGAAGAGCCUCCCUGGAGGUUGACAUUGCAAGGGGAACAGGGACGCUGCACUUAAAAGCGUUGACCAUGGAAGACAGCCGCCAUUAUCAGUGCAGCGUCAGAAUCCCCGGAGAUGAUGAAGGAACACCAAUUGCCUCUACUUCUGUUCUAGUCCUAGAGCCUCCCUCUAAACCAGUCUGCACGCUUCAGGGACAAGCAGAGUAUUUCAACGAUGUCACACUCACAUGCAAAUCUGAGGAGGGUUCCCCAGCUCCGGUCUAUCAGUGGACGAGUUACAGCGUUGAAAACAUUCCCAGACAAUUUCCACCAAAGACCACGCAGAAGGAUGGAGUUUUGUCUCUCUUCAAUAUUACGAGGGAGACGUCUGGAUUCUUCAUUUGCAUUUCAAAAAAUGACAUCGGUUCAGCAAACUGCAACUUUACCUUAGCCGUGGUGCCUGCAAGUAUGAGUCUUGGGUCUACUGGAAUUAUAAUUGGAGCGGUUGCUGCUGGUCUUCUGGUUCUAGGGAUUCUCAUUUUCUGUUGCUGCAGAAGAAAGAGCAAAAAGGAGGCGUAUGAUGAGGGUUCCCAUGGAGAUAAGGUGUUUUAUGACAAAGACGGUUCUGAAGUGGGUGAGCCAUACUUGGACGACAAGUCAAACACUGAAAAAAAGCCACCCAGUCAGUAUGAAGACAACAAUAUUGCUCCUCAAAGCAAAGACACCUUAGGAGGAGUGGGAAAGAAGUUUGAUGACGACCAGCACAGUUAUAAUAGUGGUAGAGAGAGGCGUGAUGGAAAGGGCAGUGAUACAGAGUCCCAGCCUUACCACGGAGACCGGAAGGAUUACUAUCGUGGAAGCCGGGAUCACCUGGACAAUCAACGUGAUCGCUACGGAAGUCGGGAUCAUCUCGAUGACCAACCUGUUCGCUAUGGAAGUCGGGAUCGUCUCGAUGAUCAACGUGUUCACUACGGAAGUCGGGAUCAUCUCGAAGAUCAACGUGUUCACUACGGAAGUCGGGAUCGUCUCGAUGAUCAACGCGAUCGCUCCUACGGAAGUCGGGAUCGUCUCGAUGAACGCAGAGAUCGCAAUGGCAGUAGAGAUCGGCUCGACGAUCAACGUGUUCGUUAUGGAAGUCGAGAUCGCCUUGAUGAUCACCGUGAUCAGUACGGCGUUGCCGAAGACAUAUAUCGAGGUAGCCGCGAUCGCAUCGAUUAUAGUUAGGAUCAAUGCAGAAAUAUGUGUUGACUAACAGAAUACUAUUCAAAAAAAAAUCUUUCUGUCAUUCUCUGAGGUUUGUGGCAAAGACAAGGCCUCAGCUAACUGGGUACCUUAGCAAAUUUAUUUUACUUUUCUUCAAAACUAAAUAUGCUUCAAACAAACAAUAUAAGUAAAAAGGUUUCUGGCCUCACAGCCCUACUGCCAACAUUUCAUUCAUUUAUAGACCUCGUAUGAUACCUGUUGAUGUCAUUUUUUUAUUUAAACCAGUGUUGAAGAAUACCAGGCUGCAUUGUUGGUAGCCCUGUUGCCUUGCAGCAAGAAGGUCCUGAGUUGGAGUAUUUCUGCGUGGAGUUUGCAUGUUCUCCAUGUACAUGUGCAGGUUCUCUUUGGGUACUCCAGCUUUCUCCCACUGCCCAAAAACACGGCCUUUAGGUUAAUUGGCCUAACAUAAAUUGCCCCUCGGAGUGAGUAUUUGUGUGCAUGGUUGUUUAUCUUGUGUGUCUCUGAGUUGCCCUGUAAUGGACCCCACCUCUCCCCGAACCUGUGUGAACAUGUGGAUAUAAAGAUGGUUGGAUGUACAAGACUGGAACGUGAGGGGUAUUGAUGUAAAUUUUUCUUCUGUUUUAGUAAAAUGUUGUGACGGGUUCUCUCCAAACAACAAACACCCAUUGACUUUUGUUAUGGCUAUUCCAGGUCAUCCAUGCUCUUUAUUUAGCAUUUACCCCUUUUGGCCACUUUUCCAAUCGCCAGGGUGAUGCUUUGAGAAUGUAACUUUAUUUAGACUGGUUUUAGUAUUUCCCAAUUAAGACUAAACAAUACCCUGACAAUCCCAGCAACAUCAAUUGACAUCUCUGUGUACAUGUAUCACAUGUGUCAUACUCUCAGUCACAUUUAAAUGAAUGGAAAUUAUAUUUUCUGUAGGUCUUGUAUGUAGUUUUUCAAUGGGAUUUUCUUGGUGGGCUAUUGCUCUAAUGUCAGCAGAAAUCUGAAGGCUUUGGGUCAAAACUGAAUGGUCCUCAAAACUGUUAAUGAUUUAUUCCACAUUGACAAAAAAACUUCAGUUCCAUUGGAAGAAAGGUGACCCCAAAGCAUUAUCCUGAGUACUUUUGCUCUUUCGGGUGAUAUUCUGCAUUAUUUUUGUUUGUUUUUUGUUUUUGUGUUCUGCCAAACAUAGCUUAUGAAGCUGUGGCAAAAUGUAUCAGAUCGUAACACAUUCAAACACAAGCUUCUGGGAGAUUUUAGCCAGGCCUUAAUGUAUUCAUUGGGUGAAAAGAAUUCAGUUUGGCAAAAAUUCUUUUAAGUCCAGACACAUGGAGAAUGCAGAAGAUCAUUGUCACGUGUAGAACACCAAUCAGUACUACUUGGAUGUUCCUGCAGUUUCUUCAGUAUUACUGUUGACUUCUUUGCAUCUUCAUUGAUCAGUCUCUGUUUUUUUUUUUUUUUUCAUCAGUUUUGGAGAAAUGUCCACUGUUGUUCCAUAUUUCCUCCAGUAGUUGAUUAAAACAUUCGCUGUACCACAUCUGAUGUGUUGGAAGCAGGAAUCAGACACAUUUAAGGAUAGAAAAAAGAAAAAGUGAUGGCUUGGUCAAUGAAUCUACAAAACUUGAGGUAUUGUGAGGUGUAGCUACCGGUCAGAAUCUACCAAGAGAAAAACAGAGUGGGGAGCAUCUGCAGCUCAACAUUUUGAAGACUGGUUCUUUUUUUUUUUUUUAAAGUGUCAGGACACACAGAGUGAAUUGCAAUUUGUUGCUUAUGGGACUGCAAAGAAACAAAGGUAUGAUGUAUGAUUAUUUCAAAAUGCUAAUGCUUGUAGGGAGUAUACUUGAUGUGUUCGCUGUUUUAGAAUACGUUUUUAUGCAAAGAUUUUAGAUCUGACUAGUGUUAAGAGUCAAAGACAAAUAGAAAAUAUAGAAACUAUAAAUCCAUUAACCUACACUGUAAUAAAAUACACUUUUAUAAUUUUCUUUCCUCAUCGAGAAAAUUAAAAGAAUUUGUUAAGGCCUUGUUUGGAUAAAUGUGUAUGGCAGACAUAAAUAAUCACAUAAUGUUUAAUCCUAUUUUGUACGUUUUAAUAAAAUGUGAGAUUAAC